AUGGAACUCAAAAGAGCCAUAAGUGUGCCAAAACUUGGUGCUUUUUGUGAAGAGGAUGAGAAACGCUUUUUGGUGACCGUAAUUAAAGAUCUAUUGGGUUUGUGCGAGCAGAAGAAGGGUAAAGAUAAUAAAGCCAUUAUUGCGUCAAAUAUUAUGUACGUUGUGGGACAGUAUCCGCGAUUUUUAAGAGCUCACUGGAAGUUCCUUAAAACAGUUGUAAAUAAACUUUUCGAAUUUAUGCAUGAGACUCAUGAUGGUGUUCAGGAUAUGGCAUGCGACACUUUUAUAAAAAUUGCUAUCAAGUGCAGGCGAUAUUUUGUGACAAUACAACCAAAUGAGGCUUGUACAUUUAUUGAUGAGAUCUUAAGUACAAUGAGUAGCAUAAUUUGUGAUUUACAACCGCAACAGGUUCACACAUUCUAUGAAGCUGUAGGAUAUAUGAUAUCCGCCCAAGUUGAUCAAGUCCAACAAGAUAUAUUAAUUGAGAAAUAUAUGUUCUUACCCAACCAAGUAUGGGAUGAAAUCAUUUCUCGCGCAUCGAAAAAUGUUGAUUUUCUGAAAAAUAUGACUGCCGUAAAGCAAUUGGGAAGCAUUUUAAAAACAAAUGUUGCUGCCUGUAAGGCUUUAGGUCACGCAUACGUUAUCCAAUUGGGUCGUAUUUAUUUAGAUAUGCUAAAUGUUUAUAAAAUUACUUCUGAGAAUAUUAUUCAAGCAAUUGAAUUAAACGGCGUAAAUGUAAACAAUCAACCACUAAUCAAAGCAAUGCACGUUGUGAAAAAGGAAACUCUUAAUCUUAUUUCUGAAUGGGUUUCUCGAUCAAAUGACAAUCAACUUGUAAUGGAUAGCUUUAUACCGCCAUUGUUGGAUGCUAUUCUCUUGGAUUACCAGCGUUGCAAAGUACCGUCAGCAAGAGAGCCAAAGGUGCUUAGUUCAAUGGGUGUAAUUGUAUAUAAGUUGCGAAACGACAUCACAAAUGAGGUUCCCAAAAUAUUUGAUGCCGUUUUCGAGUGUACUCUUGAUAUGAUCAAUAAAAACUUCGAAGAUUACCCCCAACAUCGCGUCAGUUUCUAUGAGCUAUUGCAAGCUGUUAACGCCCAUUGCUUCAAAGCUUUCCUAAAUAUACCACCAGCACAAUUUAAGCUUGUAUUUGACUCUGUUGUUUGGGCUUUUAAGCAUACCAUGCGUAAUGUUGCAGAUACCGGACUUAAUAUUUUAUAUAAGAUGUUACAAAAUUUGGAACAACAUCCAUCUGCAGCACAGAGCUUUUAUCAGACAUAUUUUACAGAUAUUCUGAUGCAGAUAUUUUCAGUGGUUACUGAUACUUCUCACACAGCUGGUCUUGGAAAUCAUGCUAUUAUAUUGGCAUACAUGUUUUCGUUGGUCGAAAACAAUAAAAUAACUGUAAAUUUGGGUCCCAUUCCAGAUAACACUAUUUUCAUUCAAGAAUAUGUGGCCUCAUUGCUCAAAUCGGCAUUCAGUCAUUUAACUGACAACCAAAUCAAAGUCUUUGUUACCGGACUUUUUAAUUUAGACGAAAAUGUACAAGCAUUUAAAGAGCAUUUGAGAGACUUCUUAAUUCAAAUAAGAGAAGUUACCGGAGAAGAUGAUUCGGACUUAUAUUUGGAGGAACGAGAAGCCGCACUUCGGGAGGCACAGGCUAAUAAAAUGCUAAUGCAACGUAAUAUACCUGGAAUGUUAAACCCUCAUGAAUUGCCAGAGGACAUGCAGGAUGAAUAAUUUAAUUUUGAAUUCAUUCAAGUUCUGCUUUAAAGUAUAACAAAAUCAGAGAAAUGAAAAUGAAUAUAAAUUACGUGACACUUUUGAAUAA